CAAGUCUUUAUUAAUUCCUUUUUAUUAAAUGCCUGGAAUGACUGGAAAGCAAUAAAAUGCACUAACUACAGUACCUAUGAUACAAAGAUAAGCUUUAAGAGAUGUCAGGAUAACUUCAAUGUUAACAACAGGAGUAAACAUGCAGAACCAGGCCCAGUCACAAGAAGGUGUCUAUCAGCCUCAGCAGCAAGUUAUUUACACCAUUCAACCCCCAAAUCCAAGUGGCAGAGUUGAACGAUUCAAUGGAAGAGCAUCAAUCAGGAUUGGAUCCUUGAUGAUUGGGUUUGGGGUUCUAUCUAUUGCUCUUGGGGGUGCAGCUAUUGGUUUAUAUGGAACAGUGUAUGACAUUGGUACAGGAAUCUGGUGCGGGCUGUUGUUCUUUAUACUGACUGGAUCAUUUGGCAUUGCUGCAGGCAGAUCAAAAUCAAAAUGUUUGAUCAUCGCAUUUAUGGUCUUGUCAAUUGUGAUGGUGUCUAUUGCCUGCCUAAUUCUGUUGGUCAACUCUUCUAUUGGACUGGCAAAUGAUGUUGAUUACCUGAAGUAUCAAUGCAACAAUGAAUAUGAUUACCAUUUUUGCCAUAGCAAGGGUGGUGGACGAGUUGCAAUAAAUGCGCUACUGGUGUUGACAUCUAUCAUCCAGGCAGUACUGGGUUUUACAUCAUCGGCCUACUGCUGUAAGGCUGUCUGUUGUUGCAACAACUCAAGUGGAAUAAACAUGCAGAACCAGGUCCAGUCACGAGUAGGUGCCUAUCAGCCUCAGCAGCAAAUUAUUUACACCAUUCAACCCCCAAAUCCAAGUGGCAGAGUUGAAAGAUUCGAUGGAAAAGCAUCAGCCAUAAUGGGAUCCUUGAUGAUUGGGUUUGGGAUCCUAUCUAUUGCUCUUGGGGGUGCAGCUAUUGGUUUAAACGCAUCAUUGUUUUUCAUUGGUACAGGAAUCUGGUGUGGGCUGUUGUUCUUUAUACUGACUGGAUCUUUUGGCAUAGCUGCAGGCAGAUCAAAAUCAAAAUGUUUGAUCAUCACAUUUAUGGUCUUGUCAAUUGUGAUGGUGUCUAUUGCCUGCCUAACUCUGUUGGUCAACUCUUCCAUUGGACUGGCAAAUGAUGUUGAAUACCUGAAGUAUCAAUGCAACUAUGAAUAUAAUUACCAUUUUUGCCAUACCAAGGGUGGACGAGUUGCAAUAAAUGCUCUACUGGUGAUGGCAUCUAUCAUCCAGGCAGUACUGGGUAUUACAUCCUCGGCCUACUGCUGUAAGGCUGUCUGUUGUUGCAACAACACAAGUGAACCAAACACACAACAUGGUCAUAUUAUUGGACAAGGGCAACAAGGAGUCCCAGCAAUGACCACAAAUGGGCAACAAGUGAUCAUUGUGUCUGGCCAGCCAAGCAAUGCUGCCCCAAUAUCACAGAUGCAUGCCACCAACCAACCAGGAGUCCAUGCCAUCAACGUUUCACCUGGCUACAACAUCAAUGUACAACAAGCACCUGCAUAUAGUGCUAGUGUACCACAGGCCCAAGCUGCUGAUGGCCCACCUCCCCAAUAUACAGAGAAAGAAAAACUUUGAAUGGACUAAAGAUACGGAAAAUAAAUAUACUCGAUCAAAUUAGGGCAAAUGAUGAAAAAACAACAAUGUAGUCAGUUAAAUGAUGCCAAUAUAUAUCCAGGAGAAACAGAUAUUAUCGAUGACUUUUAUAAAAAGAAACAUUUGUUAAGGUCCUU